UAUUUUGACAGCUAGUUUCCAGAUGGAGCAGAUCCGGAUCUUCUUUAGUUUUGGGGACUUUGUCCCCCUUCUGUGGAGGAUCAGGAUCAGCUGAACUGUAGAAGAACUAAUGCAUCUUCUUCCAAGUCUUUGUCUGCUCCUGUUGUCGACUUUCCUACCUGGUUGAAGUUUAUCUCUGCAGACAUUCAGUCAGAAGAUUUCACAAUCAACAUUAGGCUGCUAAUAGGUUAAGUACAAGCCACCCAAAAGAAUCUCCAGUACGUACAAAAGGCAUUUGUACAGAACAAUGAUGCCAAAUGCAGACAAGAAGAAAACUCACCACUGUUUACAUUGUGGGAAGAGUUUUAAUCGACCGAGUGAUCUCAAAAGACACGAGCGCAUUCACACAGGAGAGAAACCGUAUCACUGCUCAGUCUGUGGGAAGAGUUUUAAUCAACUCGGUACUCUUCGAAAACACCAGCACAUCCACACAGGAGAGAAACCGUAUCACUGCACAGAUUGUGGGAAGAGUUUUAACCGACAGAGUAAUCUCAAUGUACACAAGCGCAUUCACACAGGAGAGAAACCGUAUCACUGUUUUGACUGUGGAGAGAGUUUUAUUAGAUUGCGCAGUUUUAAAGCACACCAGAGCAUUCACACAGGAGAAAAACCGUAUCACUGCUCAGAAUGUGGGAAUAGUUUUAAUAGACUGUGUACUCUCCAAAAACACCAGCGCAUUCACACAGGAGAGAAACCCUAUCGGUGCUUAGACUGUAGGAAGACUUUUAGUCAACUGAGUUCUCUCCGAAAACACCAGCGCAUUCACACAGGAGAGAAACCGUAUCACUGCUCAGAAUGUGGGAAGAGUUUUAAUCAACUGAGUGCUCUCAAAGCACACAUGCACAUUCACACAGGAGAGAAACCAUAUCACUGCUCAGAAUGUGGGAAGAGUUUUAAUCAACUGAUUACUCUCAACAUGCACAAGCGCAUUCACACAGGAGAGAAGCCGUAUCACUGCUCACACUGUGGGAAGAGUUUUAAUCAACUGAGUAAUCUCAACAGACACAAGCGCAUUCACACAGGAGAGAAACUGUAUCAAGGUUCAGACUGUGGAAAGAGUUUUAUCAGAGUGCAUACUCUUAAAGAACACCAGCACAUUCACACAGGAGAGAAGCCGUAUCACUGCUCACACUGUGGGAAGAGUUUUAAUCAACUGAGUAAUCUCAACAGACACAAGCGCAUUCACACAGGAGAGAAACUGUAUCAAGGUUCAGACUGUGGAAAGAGUUUUAUCAGAGUGCAUACUCUUAAAGAACACCAGCACAUUCACACAGGAGAGAAACCAUAUCACUGCUCACACUGUGGGAAGAGUUUUAAUCAACUGAUUACUCUCAACAUGCACAAGCGCAUUCACACAGGAGAGAAACUGUAUCAAGGUUCAGACUGUGGCAAAAGUUUUAAUAGACGUAGUGAUCUCACAAACCACCAGCGCAUUCACACAGGAGAGAAACCGUAUUACUGCCCAGAAUGUGGGAAUACUUUUAAUAGACUGUGUACUCUCCAAAAACACCAGAGCAUUCACACAGGAGAGAAACUGCAUCAGUGCUUAGACUGUAGGAAGAGUUUUGGUCAACUGAGUAUUCUCUGAAAACACCAGCUCAUUCACACAGGAGAGAAACCGUAUCACUGCUCAGUCUGUGGGAAGAGUUUAAAUCAACUGAUUGCUCUCAAAGUACACACGCACAUUCACACAGGAGAGAAACCGUAUCCCUGCACAGACUGUGGGAAGAGUUUUAACACUUGUUUUUGUGUUUUUUUUUUUUUUUUUUACAGCACUUUGUCAUCUACUGCUUUUCCUUGGUAUACCUGUUUAUCACCUAUUACAGUACACCAGUGAUAACUUUGUUCUAUGUUCUUGCUAUGGAUAGUAUUUGUGCCCUGAUUCUGAUUGAUUUUCCAUCUUCUUUUAUCUUUGGAUUCUUGUUUUUUACCCAUUGACAGCUUUAUGGUUUUCAAGUAAAUCUGAAACGGAGUGCUGUUUUUUGUUUGAAUAAUCUAUGUAUCAGGAUACACCUAAGCAACAAAACACACCUGACAGUCACAUGUUUAAUACUUUUGCUCACAAGUGAAAUGAGUGGGUUAAGACAGAAUGUGCUAUCUUCUGAAAUUUGUUUCAGACCUAGAUGUAAAUACCUGAAAAUAAAAGCUAAAAUGUU